AGGCACAACUACCUCAGAGUAAAGGCAUUGAACAAAGAUUAUAUAAGACAAGGCGAAUUACACUGAAGACAGGUCCUUGUUUACUGGACUGUUGAGGUCAGUAGUAGCUAUAUCAGCGCAGGAAUGGGGAAUAUGCCAGAGGGGGAAAAGGUUUUUUGGACCCCAGAAUCUCCUGGAGUUGAAAACCCCCUGCGCUGCUACUUUGCAGCCUGGAGAACACCUGAAUGUGUGGUAUGUAGUGCUGCAGGCAUGUCUGGUGCCACAUACUGCAUGGCUGCACUCAUCGAGACGUGGCCUGAUGGACUAUUUUGAAAGAAAUUGAGCGCUUGUUUCUAGCAAUUUUUAAUUUUUAUUUCGUUUUAAAUCACAAGUUAAUCACAACCUCUGAAGGACGCUGGCUUUCAAAAUGUGUGGCUUCUAUGACAGUACCAGUAUACAUCGCAGAGGUUGCUCCACCCCACCUACGAGGCAGAUUAGUUACCAUUAAUACUCUCUUCAUCACAGGAGGACAGUUCUUUGCAAGUGUUGUUGAUGGAAUCUUCAGCUACCUCGCAAAGGAUGGAUGGAGGUACAUGCUGGGCCUCUCAGCAGUUCCCGCAAUUAUACAAUUUCUUGGCUUCUUGUUUCUUCCUGAAAGCCCCCGCUGGCUCAUUCAGAAAGGCCAGACUCAGAAAGCACGAAGAAUUCUCUCUCAGAUGCGUGGUAACCAGGCAAUUGAUGAAGAGUAUGACAGUAUCAAGAACAACAUCGAAGAGGAAGAAAAAGAAGUUGGAGCAGCUGGACCUGUGAUCUGCAGAAUGCUGAAUUACCCCCCAACUCGAAGAGCUUUAAUUGUGGGUUGUGGCCUGCAGAUGUUCCAACAGCUGUCAGGGAUUAACACCGUCAUGUACUACAGUGCUACUAUUCUGCAGAUGUCAGGGGUUCAAGACGACAGGCUUGCAAUUUGGCUGGCUGCAUUAACAGCAUUUAUAAACUUCAUUUUCACUCUAGUGGGAGUCUGGCUUGUUGAAAAAAUGGGCCGCCGGAAACUUACACUUGGUAGCUUAACAGGUACUGUUAUAGCACUCAUUAUCCUAGCUUUGGGAUUUUUGCUGUCAGCUCAGGUCUCACCACGAAUCACUCUUAACCCAACAGCACCUUCAGGUCCAAACUCUACUUGCACAAAAUACAGUUAUUGCAAUGGAUGCAUGUUAGAUCCAAACUGUGGUCUCUGCUACAAACUGAAUAAGUCAAGUGUUGUUGAUUCCUCCUGUAUUCCUGUUAGUCAAGAAACUACAAUGAAAGCAGCUUGGGGCAGGUGUUCAAAUGAAACCACGUUCAAAAGAGAAGAUUUAUUUUGGGCAUACAACUACUGUCCUACUCCCUACUCUUGGACAGCUCUUCUGGGCCUUAUUUUAUACCUGGUUUUCUUCGCACCUGGAAUGGGACCCAUGCCUUGGACAGUAAAUUCUGAAAUAUAUCCACUUUGGGCCAGAAGCAUAGGGAAUGCAUGUUCAUCUGGUGUCAACUGGAUUUUCAAUGUUCUUGUAUCACUGACAUUUUUGCAUACAGCAGAGUACCUUACAUACUAUGGAGUAUUCUUCCUCUACGCAGGGUUUGCUGGCGUGGGACUCAUUUUCAUCUAUGGAUGCCUUCCUGAGACUAAAGGGAAAAAACUAGAGGAAAUUGAAUCUUUAUUUGAAAGCAGGCUAUGUACAUGUGGUAUGUCAGAUUCUGAUGAAGGGAGGUAUAUUGAAUAUAUUCGGGUGAAGGGAAGUAAUUAUCAUCUUUCUGACAAUGAUGCUUCUGAUGUGGAAUAAUUUUCAGCUGCUGAUGUAUUUAAUCAUUUAAAAGCCUUCUGGGGGAAGAACAGCUCUUGGUGACCUCACUGCCCUGCUUCUGGUCUGGUUCUUCUUUCUACUGUUUUGUUACAAAUGCCUUUAUGUUCUAUAUUACUUCAUUUGGUAGACAAUAAAAUGUUCUGCUGUUUUCUUGAUAAGUGAAAGCAAUGGCUUCCAAAGGAAAUUUCAUUCUAUGGUAAUAUGAAUUUUUACCAACCGUGUGUGAUUCUGCACCCUCCUGAAUUACUCCAAAUUGUGCAUUACACCAAAUGAAAUGGAUAGCACACAGUGAUACAGAGCGAUUAUCUUUAUUUACUGAUAAAAAUAAUAUGAUGGCUAAUCAGAAACCAGAUGGAUCAUAAAAGACCUUGUGUUUACACUUCUGUGGCCCUUCAAAUUAUUCUGCUGUGUAAUAAGCAAAAUGUGAAAUCCACAGGUUGUUAUAGCAGUAAAUAUUUACAACGAUAACUGAUUUUUGAAAAUGCAAGUAUCUUCUGUAUAUGUAGGCGAGAGGUCUCUAAGUUAUUCUGAUGGAAUUCCACUUUUUGUUGCUUUGUGGUGAUUAACAGAGAGCCAUACUUGGACAUGCUCAGUGUUUCAACUAUAAUGUCAGAAUGGAUGUUUUAUAUUGUCCAACUACUGCUCUUUGACUACAUAAUAUAAACAGUAGGUGGCAUUCGUGAGCUAAAUUGCCAAAGAACAACUUUAAGCUCACAACAAGGUGUAGGUAACCAUGACUGUCUACACAAAUAAAGUAACAUCUAUUAUUGAUUUUUUCCCUCCUAUUUGUGCAUAUGAGCAUUCAGGUAUGCACCUUGUUUGAAGACAAAAUAUUGCCAUUUUGAAAAAAUAAAAUCACGGUAAAGCUUUUGUGCUGAAAAGCUGAACGUUGAUUGCAAUUUGAUAUCCCCAUCGCUUUCCAUUGAUAUUGGUGUUUGUGCAACGUGAUCCUAGUAAAUCUGUCUCCUUUCACUUAACCAGCAUACUUGGAUCCCCUCAAAAAUGUAGUAGUGGGCAAAAGCCUACAUUUGCUUGUAUUCAUUAAUUGCCUUAUGAAGCAUUGCAAAAUUGUCAAGAAAAUUUGCCAUGUCAGGCACAAAAAUCUAUUCAUGUGCCUCACCACAGGAAUAAAACAAUUAUUAUAAAAUUAUAUUUUUUUCACCUGCCAAAAAUAUACUUACUUUAGCAUAAAAUUGGGUUUUGUAAGGGUACAUUAAUGUGAUUUUCUUGUCUACUGUCCUCUCCUUUUUAAUCCUUCAGAGAUAUAAGUUUGAAAAAUGUCAGAAAUUCAGACUCAUACCUCAGAAAUACUUGUUCCUUUGAAAGAAUAUGGAAAAACCCCUUUGCUUAUAUAUGGCUCCCUGUCCCCUGGUAAAACAUGCCUUUAUUUGCAUUAUGUAUACUUCAAUGAAACUGUCAUUCCAUUUCUAGAGGUGGGUUUGCUUGCCUUCUGUUGGAGUGGAAAGAAAUACCUUGAAUGUGGGUUUGCUAUUUAAAAAACAAAAUGUUAUUUGUUACCUAAUUAUUUUUAGUAGAUCACAUGGAUAAUAAGUUUUUAUUGCAAUUUCCAGGUCUGGUUUAUACUGUUCUAUAUAAUUUUAUACAGGGGUUUUUCUUUCUCUUUUCACCUUGUUUUGUGUACUUUGUCUGUUCAGUGUCUUUUUGUGGCUGUCUUUAUAACUUUGUAAAAACAAUUAAUCAAAGAAACAUUUUUAAAAGGGAAAGGUUUUAAAAUGUCCCUCUGUAAUUUGGGUUGGAAAUGGAGAGGAAAGUGUGAUAGAAGGAGGGGCUUUUCAAUAAAUCAGAUUCUCAAAAUUUAGGCACUGCUGGACUCUGAACACUUACUUACCUGUGUAGCUGGAGCACCGGGCUCUCUGGGCUUAGACCUCUACUCUCUUUAAGCGCAUGAUAUGUUUGUGUUUGGAGCGCCCACCAUUGAAAAUGUUCCGUCGUGUACAGGUUCACGGACACACCCCAAUUGUCACACCCAUUGCCUAUUUACGACCUUCACCAAAGGCAUGCCAUAGUCGUAAUCCUUCGUAAGCUGCGCUUGUAAUAGGCAAGAACAAACACUUUUAUGGGCAAACUGGUUUCUGCCUGAAGCCCAAAAGUCUUCUCCAAAGCCCUACUUCAGGAAAGUGUCCCUCAUCAGGACAGCUUGUAAACAAGUGUAUAACUUUCAAUGUGUGCUUACCUGGUGUCUGUCCUCAUUAGGAGUCAUCUUAAGCAGGUAUUUCAAGACUUUUGUAAAUUGGGACUUAGGACCAGGAUCCAGCAAAGUACUUAAGUAUGUACUUAAUUUAACACAUGUGAUUAGUCUCCUCCAUAUAGUGCUUUACUGGACUGGGGCCAAAGUCCAUUAGCAUGCAGGUGGUGAAUAGUACUUUCAGUAUUCAUUUCAUGUCCCCCUAUUGCGCCAACAUCCAUGAGUACAUAAAAUAAUCGCAUUGAUGUCACUCACGUGGCAUAACCAAAGUAAAGUUACUGUGAUAGUAACUUGUCACAAGAUCAGUGUCUUAUUUUUCAGACCAAUGCUGCGGCUUUUUAGCAACAGAAGACCAUCUUCCUUUGUCAACAUUGUUUCAGUGAUGUUUGCAUAAAUGGCAUUCAACUGUGUACACAGUACUCAGCUAUUUUUCUCUGACUCUUGUGAUUUUAAUCUCAUUAAUCUUAUUGCAGACAAUUUUCUAAAGCCUUGCAUGACAUUUACCUGCUCUCCACACAGCAUCUAAAAUCACACCAGGCAUUUCAGUAGUGAAUAUAGCUGAAUAAUGAGGGCACAAAACCUACUGGCUUCUUUUCUGUCACUUCUCCCCCCACCUCAGUGGAGUUUGUCUUCCUAUUACUGUUCAUUUUUACAAAAUCAGAGAUAACAUUCCAUAUCUUAGGAGCAUUAGACAUAAUAAAAGAUUUAUUUAUGAGAAAAAUGAAAUCAAAUAAAUACUUGAAAUUACUCUUACACAAUUAGGGUUUUAUUUUUAGAAUCUGUGAACAUUUAUAAUGUAUGAAGAAAAUUAAAUAAAUGUUUCUAUUUUGCAACAGAUUUUUUAUAUUUGUGCAUAUUUUAAGUUUUAACAAUUUUUGCUAGCAUGGGGUAGACUUAAUAACAUUCCAGAUAAAAGGAUAUAAAUACAAUGUAGCCGAAUAAUUUCUUACAGUAAGAUUUUAAUUUUAAAAGUAUGCCUAAGCACAAUGCACAAUAUUUUUAUUAAAAGCUUUCUGUAGAAGAUGUGAUAUUGUUUCGUUACGAGUAUUGCAUGCUUAAUUCAGGUGUUCCGUGCAUCAGGAAAGUUAGAGUCAAGUUGGUAGCACAAUUUUGGGUAAAUUGACCUAUCUGUUGUUCACUAAAAUUUGGGGUAUUUGAUACCCCUGCUGCUUCACAUCAUGUUAGUCUGAAAAUAAGUGCAGGAAAAGUUAGUCCAGAUGCAAUUUUAAUCUUUUUUAUUUAGUUCAUGUAUCGCAAUAUGCUAACCAGUUUUAGUAUUCUAAAUAACUUCUCUAAAGUUAUUUGCUACUUGUUUCUGCCCCAUGUCAAGUUAUUAAAAUAAACACUUUAAAAAGUUUUGGGGAUAAUAAAAGGGACUAAGGCUUUAGGAAUCAAUAAAAAAUGAAAUGUAGUUGCAAUGCAUGCACAGUAGUUCAUUUUCAUACGUGUAUUAUCUUGUGACUUGCAGUGACAGCCAUGGACAGUGAUACCCAUGUAAUAGGGGAAGAUGCAUCAUAAGAAAUAUGUUACCAUGCUAACAUCUUUUUGAAUGAAUUGGAAGUUGUGAUAUUUCAUUUGUAGAAAAGUUACUGCUGGGAAAUCAAAGAACAAAGAUACUGUAUUAAAGAGUUUUCUAAAGUGAUGUUUCAGUUGAGACCCCACAGGCAAGAAGUCUUUUGUUACUUACCUCAAAGUGCCUGCCCCCAAGGUGGGGAGGGGGUUGGUGGAGACAGACAAGUUAAUUCACCAAAGUGAAUAUGCCACAAUGGCAGAUCUUGCUGCUCCUCUACGGGUGCAAAGGGCCCUAUAGCAGGGGUCCCACUGCUAUUUUACAAAAUUAGAAACUUGUGGAACUGUGGAGCCCAGGUCCAGGGAUUACUACCAUUGACCUCAGUGACGGUACUCCUCUGUGUGUGAAAAUUUGAUGGGGGCCCAGGACUAAGCUGGAAGAAGGGUGGAGCUCCACCUCUCCUCUCUCCCUUUCCUCUGCAGUCCCCACAGCCUUCAAUUGCCUGAUUUGGGCACUAAACAAAGUUUGACCCUCAGGCCUUGGGAGAAGCUUGUGGCAGUUAAUGGGAAUUUUCCCUUUGGCUUUCAGGGCACUGGGCCUGGCCCUGUGGACAGCAUCCAAUGGGUAGUUAAGGGUGGACCCAAUUCAUAGUUCUGGGAUUUUGCUUACUCAACUUCAAUCUGAUUUUAACAAGUUGGAGGAGGGGGGGUUAAACACUAUAUGAAAAUACGUAAAGCCUUAUUUUUGUUAGCUAAGCAUUGCUCAAACAAAAGAGAUGUGUUGUUCUGUAGUAUGGAAGGAGUUUCGUUGGAAGGCAAAGUUCUGUUAAGCACUUUAAAAAGCAAAGAUGUUUGCGCACUUUUUCUGAGAGAUUCCAGUGAACCAAAUCCUAUUCCUCUUUGUCUGAAAGAAAAUCAAGCUUCGUGUACCAGGCCAGAAGCAGAUAAUCCACAAUAUGUGCUUUACGGCAAAAUGUGUUUUAUUGCGGGUAAUAUUUACAGCUUACAUGUAGCUGCUGCCUAUAAAAAUGACUCUGAAUUGUUGUCCAGACCUAAAUAAGUCACAUUUUCUGUGCAAAAAUAUUGGUGAUUUUCUAUAAAUCUUCAUAGCCUUGUGUACAGUAUAGUUCAACAUAAUCUAUGAAGUGGUUUAGGUUGUAGCGGUGUUAAAAAUGUCAGCACAGUCCAUUCUUUUAGGUGAACAUUGUUAGAGAAAUAUUGUUGUUUGUGCUACUGGGGUGGGGGGUAAACUCCUUAAAGGCAAAUCUAUAGAUUUUAAAAGUCAGAGAAAAUGGCAGUUCUUAUCUAUUUUGUGUAUGUUUUCAUAUAGAGAAAGGAGAUUUCUAUGUGCCAAUAAUCAUCACUGUGGUGUUUUGUAACAGAGUGUUAAUGGUGUUCCAAAGUUCUGUAUAUGGAAAUAUUUUAGCCACAUGACCUGUUAGUGUGAACCAAAGGCAUGUUUCUAAUCUCACUUACACCAGUUUCUCAACAGUGUACCUCUAUCAACUUAAAUAGAGUUAUUCCUGAGUUUCACCUAUAUAUGUUAGAGCAGAAUCAGGCGUCAUGAAUCCAGUUUCUAUAAAUCCUUCCUUUUUAUGUACUAAAUAUACAGUACAUUACAUCUGAGUGAAGAAGAUGGCAUGUAGAAGUAUGAAGCUCUAAAUAUGGUUCUGUUUAAACUGACAGAUUUUUGGGGGGUUUUAUUUCCCAGAACUUAUUUUGACAGUUCAUCGUGUUUAUCUAACUAACAAGGGGUAGCACAGAUGAAUGAUGAUAAGUGAAUAAUGUCCAUGCACUUAAAAAUCAAAAUAUAAUUUAUACCAGGGGUGGCCAACCUGUGGCACAAGUGGCAUAGGCAGCCUGUGUAUGUGGCAUGAGUCAGAUCAGGGAAGAGAUCAGCAACACAGCAUCAGAUAGGACAGGGAGAAGCAGAGCAGAUCAGUCAGGGCAGAGAGCAGAAAUUAGAUCAGAAAACCAGGCAGAGGAAAGGGAUCAGAGUGACAUCCAGGAAGGGUGCAGGGCUACUUUGUGGUACACCUGCCAAAAACAGUUGGUUCCUGCAGAUUUAUGGAGUCAGAAAACAGGAAAAUUUCUCUCACUGCCUUAAACAUUCUGCAGAGCUACAAAAGUACCAGAAGUGGGACCACCGCUAGGAUUUCUGCAGCAAAAGCUCAGCCUUGUGAGACAGAUCCUCAGUGAGAGUAAAGUGCAGUAGUUCUCUGAAAGCUGUGCACCUGCACCAGGUUACACUGGAGCCCCGGUCCAGCAGAACACUCGUCAGCUGUUCAGUUUUAAGCACUUGCGUAGUCCCAGUACUACGCCUAGUCCUGUUGCCCAAUGAAGGCAGUAAGACUAUUCAUGUGCUUAAAAUUAUGCAUUUGCUUAAGUUCUCUGCUGGAACAGGGCACAGUGUGGGAUCAACCCUGCACAUGCAGGAGUUUUUUUAGUUAGGCUUACUUAACCCAACAGCAUCUCUGACUUGCUGUUUCUAUAAUCAAUUCAGAUUUAGAAUAUUUGAAAUAAAAUGUAUUUUGAAACUAAAUUGAACGUGGUACUUUUGUGCUUAAUGCAUAUGUGAAGCCUAAUCCCUGACUGCAUGUUACAGUAUUUAGUACUUAACAAACAGGUUUUGGCAAAACUAAUAUGAACACAUAUUCACUGGAUUGUCUACGUUAUCUCUUAACAAUGUUGAACAUGUGCCAUUUCCUUUUGCAGCCGAUCAAGCCUAUAAUGUUUGAAAGUGGUGUACAUUUUAUGAGACCUUAGUGAUGUAAAGUUAAAUAAUUAAUUUCUGUUUCAAUUGCUUUACUGAAGUUCGUUCUUUACAUUUAAAAUGAAUCUUCAAAGAAUUGUCAAUGCCAGAUUGUAAAUGAACACAAUAAAAAGCGAGAUAGUUAAUUACA